ACAUCUCAACAAAACAUGUCUACUUUCAAGUUACACUCAAGAAAACUACUUCCUCCGGUCUAUCAACCCACAACCCACAUCGUCCCUCCUUCCUCCGCCGCCGUAAACAGCCACGGCCCAACGGCGCCACUACCUUUUCCGGCAAGGGAUGCAAAAGUCGACGCCAAUGUAGUAAUGGUCCUAUUGGUUCUCUUAUGUGCCUUAAUAUGUUCACUAGGUCUCAACUCCAUCCUCAGAUGUGUUUUCAGUUGCUCUGGCUUAGUAUCUUAUGGGCCUCGAGUUGAUGCUAAUAAUAAUACUCCCGGUGGGAUCAAGAAAAAGACCCUCAAGAAAUUCACAACCGUUCGAUACUCGACCGAUGAUGGGCUUGAACCACAAUCGUGCCUAAACGAAGAGUGUGCCAUUUGUCUAUCAGAGUUCAUAACGGGCGAAAGGGUUAGGCUAUUGCCCAAUUGUAACCACGGUUUUCAUGUCGGAUGCAUCGACAAGUGGCUAAAUUCUCACUCCUCGUGUCCUACUUGUAGACAAUGUCUGUCUGACACGUGUCAUAAACCAAUAGCUCCGCUUGAACAUGAAGAUUUUGCUUUUAUGGGGAUCGUGAAAGUUGGAUCCGAGUACGAAAGAUGUAAUUGAUGGAGACAUUUAAAUUUACUAUUACUUAGAUAUAUUGAUGAAAAAAAGGGUGGUAAAAGAGAGAUAAUUAAAAGAGAGACAUUGAUAAGGCUGAGUCAAAAGACAUGAAAUGGAUAAGGACAAUAUAGUGGCGGGUCCGUCCGUCGCAAAAAGCUCUCACUUUUUCUUGUGUGUGAUUUCAAAUCAUUUUGUUAAAAGGGCUCCACUCCACUAUACUUGUGAAAGAAAAAAGCUAAUCCUAGUAGCAUAUAUGUUUACUUCUAGCUAGCUUGCUUCUUUUU